CGUGAAUAAUUCUGGAUUCGUUCCUGGCAAUCCAAACGUCCUGUUUAACCAGAUGGCGAGCAACAACAGCUUGGGUCAGUCUACAAGCCAUACUGCGACUCAAGGACAACGAAACCCUACUGGCGGGGGAACGACUAGCCAAACAUCAACCACGACUAGUUCAGCAAAUGCACGUCCAUUCAAGAAGCGCAAGCCUCGUAAGAAAAAGACGGUCAUCCCAGCGCAAGUUCCUGCAAAUUCGACAUCAAACGAGGAUCGCGAGCCAACCACCAAUACCGCUGCAUCAGACCCCCACCCUUCUAGUAACCGUCCACGUGGAGAAGCUUCCACAUUUCAAAACGAAGAAAACCCAAACCUUUCAGUCUCUGGCAACCGACCAUCUCUCCCAAACAAUCUGAUGAGUAGCCUCCAGAAUGAAACUCUCCUUGGACUUCGAAUCGCUCAGAAUGCUGUUGGUCAAAACAAACGAAUCACCAAUCAAAUCAAAGAUGAGCUCAAAGAAAUCACCUUAGAAUAUCAACGCAAAAUUCACCUUCUAGCUUUAGAGCACAAGAUCCGAUCAGAGCUUCUUUUCAAAUGGGUGGGUGUGUGGAACAAGGUCCGAGGCCCCAACAGGUUCAAUAAUUUCUGCCGGUACGCUGCAGAAGCUCGAAAACUUUUUGAUUCAAAGCUGCUGCCCCCUGCCGAGAGAAUGCAACAGGUUGCUGAACAAUGGAGGCAACUUGAUGAGGAUGAACAAUUGAAGUAUAACGACUGGGAUUUCAUCAACUCACUUCGUGAAAAAAUGGGACUGAAAACUGUUGAGGAUCCUGAAGAGAUUGAGGAUGAGGAUCAAGAGCAGGCAAGGGAGCUGGAACAAGACACUACAGGUGGGCCAAAGAAGACCGAUGCACAAGUUCUCUCUCAUUGUAAAGCUUGGGCUAAGAAGGCAGUCACCGAUAUGAAUUUUUUCAGCACACAGUACUCAGUUGAAUCAUUUUUGGUUCUUGCAUCAACCGAUAUCAAAGGGCGUGUCUUCAUCACCGGCUCGAGUUUUCUUGGUGCAGAUUACAUGCAACUUCUCAGCACCAAGGCUAAGAAAGCAAACGACAACGAUCCGUGGAGGGGGUUCCGAGUGUGGGCUGCGGGUUUGGGGGUGGAGGCAAACUUGCAUGACUUGCCAAUUGAGGCGGUCUGUAAGAAGCGAAAGCGAGCUGCAAUCGAGGUGACAACAUCAAACGUACCCAGAAAAGGAAAGGGACCUUGGGACACGGGGCUUGCCAAAACAAACAAAAGUUCCAUGACCACUCAGCUCAAGGAAAUUCUAGCAAAAGCAUCGAACGGAGCUCGCACUAGUGGUUGGCCAGGUGAGAAGGCUCGGGAGGUCUUCAAAAACUUGAAGUUGAAGGUUAACAUUUCCCCAGAGGCAGUGAAGCUAAAGGAGGAGGAUCUGGUGGGAGUACAAUUUAAGAAUACAAGCGAUGGAAAAGUCGAUAUUAUCCUUGAGGCCAUUUACAACAAGUGGCUCACUGUAAUCCCCAUUGAUGAAGGCCGUAACAACUUGGAGACGACUUCUUCAAACAACCCUGCAACUCACAACUUGGCAGGUUCAAACAAUCUGAUUGCAAGUGAACAGACAAUUGAUCCAAAUCUCAAUGAAGCAAGCUUGAAUGAUAGCACCACCACCUCUAUAUAAUUUUAUUUUCAUUUCCUCACUUCUCUUGAAACUGUAAUUUCUCUUAAUUUCCUUGGUUUCUCUUAUUUUCCUUGGUUACUGCACCUGUUAUGUACUUGUCCUCCUCCUUGUCAUCUUAGUUAUAGUUUCUUAUCAUACAUACAUGGUGACUAUCUGCUCUUUACAUAUACACAAUCUAGCUUAGAUACAACAAAAUACACCAACUGUGUAGUGGUUCAUUUAACAUGCUUCUAAUGCUGAUCCACUUGUUUUUUGCUUUCUCACAAAAUAAUGGUUCAGCAGCGCCAAAACUACACAUAUUGGAAAAAGUAUGAUUUUUUGUUAAGUGUCAAACCAA